UAUUAAAUUGUAAUGCAGAAUAACAAACGUCUGCGUAUGACUGACAAAACCAACGCAACGCUGCUCUGCGUCUGCGCAUGCGCAGUUCUGACCCAAACAUGGCGACGGAGAGCUGUGAAAAGUGCUGAAUUCUGUCUACAUUUCGACAAAAUCGCGAAGAUCGACUGCUCGGAUCCCUGCAGGACGUUCACACAGCAGCCGAUGCUCAACAUGGUCCGAACGGCACUGAAAGAUCACAAGGACAGUAAGAAGGACAAAGCGAGCCGGAGCAUGUCUCUCACAGGUCCUGGACCAGUCAAAGUGAUGGAGUCGUUCACAUGGGAGGAGUAUUUGAAAGACACGUCGUCCGUUCCCGCUCCUCCCAGCUGCUUUAAACAGUCGCGGAUUCCUCCCUCCAACGACUUCAAGGUGGGUAUGAAGCUGGAGGCUCGUGACCCUCGUAACUCCACCUCCACCUGCAUCGCCACGGUGAUGGGCUUGAUGGGCGCGAGGCUCCGCCUACGGCUGGACGGCAGCGACAGCACCAACGACUUCUGGCGAUUGGUCGACUCCGCCGACAUCCAGCCAAUCGGAACCUGCGAGAAGAACGGAGACAUGCUGCAGCCGCCGCUGGGAUUCAGGAUGAACGCCUCGUCGUGGCCCAUGUUUCUCCUGAGGACCCUUAAUGGAGCUGAAAUAGCACCUGCCACGGCGUUUAAAAAGGAGCCGCUGCGGCCGCCCCAGAACGCCUUCAAGCCCGGCAUGAAACUGGAGGCCGUGGACAAGAAGAACCCGUAUCUGAUCUGUCCGGCCACCAUCGGCGAGGUGAAGGGGGAAGAGGUGUUUGUGAUGUUUGACGGCUGGAGGGGGGCGUUCGAUUACUGGUGCCGCUAUGACUCCAGGGACAUCUUCCCCGUGGGCUGGUGCGCCGUCACCAAACACAGCCUGCAGCCGCCCGGAAACAGCAUCACUGUUCCAAAACCGGGUCCUACGCCUUCCUCCUCCUCGUCCUCUUCUUCUAUCCCCAAACCACCCCGGCGCACCAUGCCAUCUCCUUACCGUCUACCGACUCCUCUUCCUCAACUCCCCGUGCGGAAGGGCAUCAGGGGACGGCGGCCGAAAAGCGAGACCAUAGCGCUGCUGAAAGCCCUGGCCGCUUCCACUGCAGGCCAAGACACAGAAGAUCAAGGAGAAGCCACGCCCCAAACCACACCCAUCUCCCAGCAUUCCCUGCAUUCAUACAAGAAGAGGGGACCUAAACCGGGCAGCAAGAGGAAGCCCAGACUGCUCAAGAGCACCAUGUCUAUAGCAGCCAGCUCAGACUCCAGGGUGCCCAUGACUCAGAUGCCCAGCGAUGGACUCUCUCCUCUGGGAUCCCCCUCAUCUGUGGUGUCUACUGUGUGCGUGUACGUGAACAAACACGGGAACUGCGGCCCACAUCUGGACCGUAAGCAGGUUCAGAGACUGCCGGAUCACUUCGGGCCAGAGGCGGUGAAUCUGGUUCUGCAGCAGACGGUUCAGGCCUGUCUGGACUGUGCGUACCAGCCCAAAGUACUUCUGGGAUGCCUGCAAAGCCAAGGCGGCACGGGAGAGGUGGUCAGAGUCCGAACAGAUGGUGGGAAGCGGUUGGUAAAGCUGCCAUCAGCGUCGAGCGCCGGGUUCGUGUUGCGCUUCCUGGAGCGGGUGUGUCGACACCUGCAGUGUGAUAAUCUGUUCAGCAGUCAACCGUUCAGUCCACACAACACCUACGACCGCGCUAAAUCAGUUAAAGAGGAGAUGUUGUCAGACGGUCCGUCUCUGAACAGAGGCAUGAAGCGGAUCUCCAGAGACUCUCCGCCGUACUGUGCUCCUCUCUCCCCAAAACUCCUGCACACAGACACACACCCGUCAGAAGCGGAGACUCUUCCUCCAGAGGAGAAUGGAUUAAUGAAGGAGCAGCGCUUCAUGGACUCCGCCUCCAAUUCCAUGACGCCCCGCCCACAGACAUUGAGAAGCACCUCAGAUUACCAGUCACCACCCAGCAGCCCGUAUUACCAUGGCAACGGCCCACCUUUACGGCGACAGGCUUCCAACCCCCCCACACAGACACACAGACGAGUGGAAGUCGCCAGCUCUACCACGGGUCCCGAGACGGCGGCGGCGGCGGACCGCGACCUUCCCAGAACCCCCGGCAGGAGUCCGUCUUCCUGGUCCAUAGAGGAAGUGAUGCAGUUCGUGCGGGACGCGGACCCGACGGCACUGGCUCCGCACGCAGAACUCUUCAGAAAACACGAGAUCGACGGCAAAGCUCUGAUGUUGCUGCGGAGCGACAUGGUGAUGAAGUACAUGGGGCUGAAGCUCGGACCGGCGCUCAAGCUCUGCCACCACAUCGAGAGGCUCAAGCAGGGGAAGCAGUGAAACGCACGGACGCACCGGACAGGAACCUCACCUCCACACCGACACGCUGCUACAGAGGGGGGCUGAUGGGAAAUCACCAUGUGCUGCUCACCGGACGGGCUCAGAACGCACCGCGCCGCUCGUCCCUCCAUAAACACAAACAAACACAC